AAUAUUCCAAAGAAAUUUCUCAGAUGUCAGAUGUCACAAUGACAAUUUGCUGACAGGAUGAUAUUAAAAGUCGUGUAAAUUAAAGAAAAAUAAAUACCAUUAGUUAUGUAUUGUUAAUAACAACAUUUAUCAGGAAACAUGUGACCUCAUUCAAUUUAAUAACAAGCAAUUAUAUCCUGUAAAGAGUACAAAAUCCCACAAACACAUAUAAUCAAUAAAAAUGACAAGUAAAAGAAGUCAAAAUUUACGUAUUGAAGCGGAAAUCGCUAAAAAUAGAGAAGAUGGAAAUUGGAGUAAGGUCAUUGAAUUAGCUGAUCAACUUAAAGUUCUUUAUCCAAGUGAAGAAUGUUUAGCAAAUUUUCUCAGUGGCGAAGGAAGAUUAGAAAAAUAUUUAGAGCAAACAUCACCAAUUGAUGAGAAUAUUGUAAAAGCACGAGCUGGACUCGUUGAAACAAAACAAUUUUUAAUUCUUGCCGCAAAUGAAAAAGAUAAACAAGCUGUUGUUGUUCUCGAUGCACAUCUUUUAUUAGGAAAAUUACAUUACGCGAUGGGAAUGUAUAAUGAUGCACUACAUCAUUAUGAACAAGCCGAAUUGGAUACAUUAACUGAAAAACAAUUACCAAGUCGAAGUAUGCGUAUUGUUGCCGAAUCAUAUGCAAUAAAAGGACUUUGUUUAGAGAAACAACCGCCGAGCAGUAAAUCGAAAUACAAAAUAGCUGAUUGGCAAGAGAAAUUAAUAAAAUGUUAUGAAAUAGCUAGUGAUUUAACACUUGUCUAUUUACAAGAGCAAGAUAAACAAAUAAUUCAACAAAAUGGAACAUCAACAAUUACAACAACAACAACAAAUGUUAUUACAUCGGGAACACAUUCUGCAAAUACAUCAGGUACAUAUUCAUCUCAUUCAACAGUUAAUGAGGCAAAAUAUAUUGGACCCAUUUUAGAAAUAGCAUUGUAUAGAGCACCAUUGUUACAUAUUCAAAAUAAAAAUAUGAAAAUAGCCGUACAACGUUAUCGUGAAAUAUUAUCAGCCGUUGAAACAAUAUCAACGCAACGUUUGAGAAAAAUUUUAACACGUCAAUUUGCCGAAGUUCUCACGCGUAAUGUUAGUGGUUCAAUUUAUGAUUCACCUGAAUUUACAUUUAAUUCACCAGGUAAUCGUAAAAUAAAUGCCUAUAGCGUGAAAUCAGAUUCACCAUGGAAGCCAAAAAAAUAUAUGGGACCGAAUAUUUUUAUUCCCCGUAAUCGUUAUGAGGAGACAAUAUUAUUAUUAUUAAUUAGUGAAGCAAUGGCAGUGAGAGAUGCGGUUUUAAGUCAAUCGCCUGAAUUUAAAGAAGCACGAUUACGUGCAUUUGAAAAUGCAGCAGCUGUUUAUGAUUUAUUAACAAUUGUUUUAGUACGUUGGGAACAAAUAGAAAUUUUACAUGAAUCAUUUGAAAGGGCAAUGAAAUUUUCUCAUGGUGAAGUUCAUGUUUGGUUACAAUUUGCAUUGUGUUUAAUGAAUCUUGGCCGAUAUGUUCAUGCUUAUGCGGUAUUGGAAAUUGUUUGUAAUCUUGCGCCAAAUAAAGUGAUGCCAUGUUUAUUGGCAGCGAGACUUUGUUAUGAGGAAUUAAAUAUGAUUGAAAAUGGAAUAAAAUGGAGUCAACAGGCAUUGCAAAGGGAUUCGGGUAAUACACAAGGAUUAUUGUCACGUUGUCAUCUUUAUAUUGGCAUUGGAAAUAGUAUUAUGGCUGUAAAUACAACAAUUAAACAGGAUAAAUUACAUUAUACGAAUGUUGCAUUUGAUUCAUUUCACAAGGCACAACAAAUUGAUCCCAAUGAUCAUCUUGUUGAAUAUUAUAUAGCGCACGUGCAUUCAAUGAAUCGACAAAUGAAUGAUGCAAUGGUACACGUGAAAAUUGCUCUAAAUUUACGUGCCGAACAUAUACCAUCAUUGAAUUUAUUAAUAUUAUUAUUAACUGCUCAAAAACAAUUUGCCGAAGCAUUACAAUUAUUAAAUUCAAUUCUUGAGGAAUAUCCUGAUAAUUUAAAUUUCUUGUAUGUAAAAGCAAGAUUGGAAUUACAAGUUGUUGGCGAGGAAAAUUCAUUAAUGACAAUUAAACAUAUGCUCAUUAGAUGGAAAUCAUUGUAUGAGACACAAGUGACUAAUGAUAAUAGUGAUCAACAUAGUGAUAAACGAAGUGAAACAAGAAGUGUUUUUCAACUUUAUACAUCGGAAAUGUCAGAUAAGGAUUCAAAUUCACUUCAUACACAUUCGCUAGCUGUUUCUAAAGUUGAACAAGCAUUAUCUGAAGUUGCAUCAUCAUUAAGUUCAUUUAUGCCAAAGCCAGGUCCACAUAAAUUAUGGCUAUUACAAAUGCAAGUUUGGAUUCUUCUUGGUGAAGUUUUUCUUGCACUUGAACAAACAAUGGGAUCAACAUUGGCAUUACAAGAGGCAUCAAGUAUUUAUCCACUGAGCCAUCAAAUAAUGUUUGCAAAAGGUUUAUUGUAUGAAUAUAAAAAAGAAUUUAACGAAGCAAAACAAUGGAAUCAAAAUGCAGUGGGAAUUAAUCCAUUGCAUAUUAAAAGUCUUCAACAUUUGGGUUUAAUUUAUCAUUAUCUUGGAAGUCAAAGAUUAGCUGAAAAAGUUCUCAGGGAUGCUGCAAAAAUGGAUCCAACAUCACAUCAAACAUGGUAUAAUCUUGGUAAAGUUUUAGAAUCAUUAGGUGAAGUUGAAUCGGCUAGCGAUUGUAUGGCAACUGCACUUGAAGUUGAAACGUUAAAUCCAAUUUUACCAUUUCCUCCCAUACCAUUGGCAUUUGAAUAAUAAUAAUAAAAAAAAAUCAGUUAAUUUCAGAUAUAAAUAUUUAUAUACAUAUAUAUAAAGAGAGAUAAGUUGGGAAAAAAAUAUCGUAAAGUUUAGUUUUUAGAAUUGUGCAAUAAAAAAAAAAACGGUCUCUUUAAAGUUUAAGGGUGUAAAUCUCAAAAUAAUGUUAAACUGUGGAAAAAAAAAUUUUAACAAGUUGUUGGUAACACUCAUUAAAACGGAAGUCAAUGUAGAAAAUCUAGUAAGUAUUGUCGUCACAUGGAAAAAAAAUCUUACCGGUUUUUUUUCCUUCUUGUAGACAUUUAUUAUUAUUAUUAUUAUUAUUAUUAUUAGAAAUUAGUUAUUAUUUACUAAUUAUUUAUUUACCUAUAUACUAAUUAAAUAUUAAUAUUUAAUAUUAAUUAAAUACGGGUAAACUUAAUAAUUAUAUGGGUAUAUAUAGAUUUAAUUUUCAUUCCUUUUAUAAUUGCAAUUUCUAAAAAAAAUUUUAUAUCUAAUAUUUUCAUUUUGUAAUUAUUGAAAUUUUUUUUAAUUUUCAUAUAUGAAAAUUUAAUUAUUGUGCUGUAAACAAGUAUUUAAUUCCUACUAUUGUAAGAGAUAUGAAAAUUGUAAAGCGUUAUUAAAUUGUAUAUCAUAUGUGUAAUAUAACAG